AACCGAAACCAACAGGAGGAAGACGAGAGAGAGGGAAAUGGCGAGCGAGAAAGACGGGUAUUGGAUCGCAGUCGGGGCGCGGCGGUGCGACUCUUGCAAGUCCGCCCCGGCCCUGCUCUUCUGCCGUGCGGACGCUGACUACCUGUGCGGCGAGUGCGACGCGCGCUUGCACGGGGCGCGGCCGCGCCACGGGCGCGUGCGGGUGUGCGAGGUCUGCGAGCAGGCCCCCGCCAGUGUUACCUGCAAAGCCGACGCCGCCGCAAUCUGCGCCGCCUGCGACGCCGACAUCCACUCCGCCAACCCCCUCGCCCUCCGCCACGAACGCGCCCCCGUCGUCCCCUUCCUCGAGCCCCUCGCCUCCGCCGCCGCCUCCUGGCUCCUCCCCAAUCUUUGUGCUAAAGGCUUGAUGAAAAAGCCGGACGGCAAACAGGUGGACCACUUCUUCUCGGACGUAGAAACGUACGUGGAUCUGGAUCAUGCCACCUCGUUGGACGAGCGAUACCAGCAGGGAGACGGCGUCGUCCCGGUCCACGCCAAAGCUACCGUGGGGGACGGCGGUGCGCCGCCUCCCGGGCCGUUUCUCCCGCCCGAUGGCGUUUUCGAGCUCGACUUGGUCGGAUCCAACCCCUCCUACAGCCCCUACACCGCCGACUCUCUCAGCCACACCGUCUCGUUCUCGGAGUUCGGGGUGGUGCCGGAUGGGAACGGCGGCGGAGCCAAGUGGGCGACGGUGGACGUGGCUGGCGGAGGGGGAGGUAGGGCAGCGGAUCGGAAGGCGAGGGUGAUGCGAUACCGGGAGAAGAGGAAGAGCCGGCGGUUCGAGAAAACGAUCAGGUACGCGUCCCGGAAGGCGUACGCGGAGACGCGGCCGCGGAUCAAGGGGAGGUUCGUGAAGCGGUCGGAGAUCGAGGCGUUGGAGGUCGGCCAUAAGCACUCGUCAGAGAUGCGGGUGGCGUUCAUGGUGGAUCCCGGCUAUGGCGUGGUGCCCUCGUUUUGACGACUCUCUCUGGGCCUGUAUUAUGUAUUUGUCGAUGGUAUUAAGGGGGUGGGGGGUUAUGUUUAGCUCUUUUUUGCCCCCUUCUCCCCUGCAUUAGGUGUAUAUUAUUACCACUAAUAUGUCUCUAAAUGGGGUUCUGUUAUUUCAUCCA